GUGUUAUUGAAUAAGUGGACAAUAGACAAAUAUAUUCUGUGUAACCAGUCACCGCAAGAGUGAGUCUCCCCAGUCCCCACAAUGGCGGUGGGGCCAUGCAGUAUUGCACUACAGAAGCGCCGUGUGCAACUGGUGGAGAGCUGGAGCCAAAAUGUCACCCACCUCCAGGAGCUUCUUUACCAGGUAGGGGCUCUUACUGAGGAAGACCUCAGCCUGGUGAGAGGGGGAGGUCGCCUGGGGGUGAGGGACUCCAUGAGGAAUCUGCUGGAUGUGCUACACGGGCGUGGAGAGGAAGCCUGUCGAGCCUUCUUUCAUGUUCUACAGUCACAGAGAGCCAACACGGAGUCUGAGUCUAUGGUGGCAGCUACCCCACCUGAGGGCUCUGGACCCAGCAGCAGUGACUCUGGUCCAACCAACAUGCAGGAGCACUUGAGGAAACACAAGGACAUAUUAGGCAGGCAGCACAGUCCCACUGAUUACCUUAGUAUCAGGACUAUUAGGUGUAGUAGUUCAGAUAGUAGUGAUGAGCCUUGUUCCUUUACAGAUAUCACAUUGUCCAGGUGCGUGGGCUACACUGUUCCCCUGCAGUACCACCAGCACGAGGUAGCCAUGGUGGGUGAUGCCUUCCGGAGCCAGGACCAGGUCUGUACCUUUCAAGAUGUCUGCCAGAGUCUGCUGUCUGUUCCAGGAGAGGACGUGAGUCUGCUCUCGGGGGUGGCCGGCAGUGGGAAGACCACGGUGGUGAGACGGUUGGUUCAUGAAUGGGCAAAGGACUCUGGAUCCCAGAAGAUAGUCCUGUCCCUAUCCUUCAGAGAGCUCAAUCUGCUCAGUGAGCCUCAGAGCCUGCAGGAGCUUCUCCUGGUGCACUACAGUCACCUCAAACCUGUACUGCCCUGGGUCAUUGACUCCCAACCUGGCCGGAUCCUACUCAUCUUGGACGGGCUCGAUGAGUUCUGCUUCCCCCUGGAAUUUGAGCGGAGCCCCAAGUGCUCGGACCCAGAGCGGAAGCUGGGCAUGGGGGAGAUGGUGGUGAACUUGAUCAAGGGUCACCUCCUCCCCGGUAUCUCCAUCCUGGUCACAUCGCGGCCCCACGCCGUCUCCAAGGUCCCUCCCCUGCUGGUGACCCAGCUCUACAGCAUCCUGGGCUUCUCUAAAGACCAGCAGAGGCACUACUUUGAGCAGAGCUGCAACUCUCCCCUGGUGGCCUCUGCCGUGUGGGGCUACGUUUCCUCCUACCAGCCCCUCCAGCUCAUGUGUCGUAUACCAGCCUUCUGCUGGAUCGUCUCCACUGCCCUGCGUGAUAGAGCCCCCUGCUGCCUUAGCCAAGUCACCACCACCACUCUGCCCAAUACAGCUAGGACAAUGCCAGCAGGCUCCAGUGAUACGUCCACCUCCAACAACAGGGCUGAAGAAGCCACUCCAACCCCCUCCACUUUCUCCUCCACUGUUCCCAGGGUGAUGUUAAUGAGCGGCCAUGUCAAGCCCAUCACCAUCACAGAGAUCUACUGUUGCUUUCUCAAGUCCAUCCUGGUGUUCCACGGGGAGGGCCACAGUCAGGAAGGCUGCAGCCCGCAGUGUCUCCAGGAGGCCCCGCGGGUCCUACAGGAGAUGCGGCCCAUGCUGAGAGACCUGGGAGCCCUGGCCUUCAAGGGCCUCCUGGAGCGACGCUUCCUUUUCGACCAGGCUGAUCUGAGCUCUUUCUCCCUGGACUGCAGUGGGCUGUCCAAGACCUUCCUGGUGGAGAUCCUCCGAGAGGACCGGGCCUCGCUCACCUGCCAGAGGAGCUUCCACUUCAUCCAUACUAGUGUACAGGAGUUCCUGGCAGCUCUGUACUAUGUCCUGCAGGCCCUCUCCGGCUCAGACCCGUUCUCGGGGCUCAAGUCAGCCGCUGGUGUAGCCCUGUUUCCAGUCGCCCUGCACAAAGUGUUAACCUCCACUGCUAAUAAGCUGCUGAGGCCCAGACGGCUCCUGCGCAGAUAUGUCAAGAAGGCUUUCUCCUGGGGUGGACACCAUCAGUCUGGUCACAUGGACCUCUUCUGCAGAUUUGUAUCUGGCUUAUUGGUACCUCAAACCCGUGUCAUCCUGGAUGGACUAUUCCGAGGCAGAUCACAAAUACUCCCAUCGCCCUCCUCCUCUCUGCCCGUGCCCUCUCCUCCUCCCCCCACCCCUCCCUUUCUCCUGAGCCUGCUCCACUCCCAGCUCCAAUGUGGCAGACUGAGUCCAGAGAGGCAGGUCAACGUGUGUCACUGCCUGUACGAGGCCCAGGACCCAGGCCUGGCCCAGCGUUUACAAGGCUGGCUGCAGGUCCUGGCCCAACAACAGGACCCAGACCUGUCUGGCCCAGCCAAGAGGGACUGGAGCGAGCUGGCCUUCCUGUUGCAGCUGACCCCAGACCUGCAGGAUCUGAAUCUGGAGGCCCAGGGGCUGGACGCAGACGGCCUGCGCAGACUGCUGCCUGUACUCCCUCUGUUCAGCACCCUCAGGCUAGCGCAGAAUCCACUGGGUCCAGAGGGGGCUGUUGUGUUAGCCUGUGCCAUGCAGAGCCCAGACUGCCGUGUCGAGAGACUGUGGGUGGUGGGGACAGGACUGGGUUGUAAGGGACUCAGGGUGCUUACAGAAGGACUGAAAGACAACCACACAGUGGUCGACCUCAGGAUGGCCAUCAAUCACAUUGGCGAUGUGGGAGCGGGCUGUCUGGCGGAUCUACUGCGGACCAAUCGUACACUUAAAGAUAUCAGGCUCCGUGACAACCAGAUUACUGAUAAGGGAGCAGAACUCCUCAUGGAAGCACUGACUGAGAAUACCACUCUGGAACAUCUCUGGAUGUUUGACAACAAGUUAUCGAAGGAGGGAGUCGGGAAGCUGAAGGAGUUCGCCAGGAGCACAUCUCAUCUGGACAUCAAAGUGUGCGUCUGAUUUCAUCUGCCUUUCCUGUUGCUGAUGAUAGACUCCAAGUACUUUAUCAGUGGUGGAUGGUGUGGUUGUUUAUCAUUUGUGUGGUAUGGUACAUUUGCACAUGUACAUGGUAUGAAAGAUGUUAUUAGUAUUUCAUUGUUAUUUUUGUUCAGACAACUAAGAGUUUACAUUUGGUUGUCAGGUUUUAGUAGGUCGAUGAAUGUAGCCAUUUGUCAAUGAAAUCGUCUGCAAUAGAUCUACAUGUUGUUUUCAUUCAUUCACAUUCUUAUGUGUCAGAAACGCCUCCAGGCAAAGAGUUUAAACGAUACGUCCAUGGAUGGCCAGCAGAGAGCAAUAUAGCUGCAUACACAUUCCCUACUGGAAGGCUAGGGUCAUAGUCUACUGUGUGCAAAUGAGAUUAUCAUGUUUCCUCUCUAACAAAGUUGGGCAUUAAUGGUUAACAAUAAAUUGUUGGUUCACAACUAAAUUUCACUCCCUAAAACUCAUAUUGAAAUGUAUGAAGUUGAGGGGGAAAAAACGAA